GCCUAGCUGAAGGCACCCGGUCAAGCAUCCUCGCCAUUUGGCACGCUGCCGUGUUACGUCGCACUGCUCGUAUUCAACUCUCUAACCAGUUAGUUGGAACGCAUCGGUAUCCUGGCAUAACCACACGAAUAUACUAUUCCAUCCGACUACGCUAUGGUGUUCUUCCUUGGUCUCGUAUUCGUGGGUAUAUAACAAGUCCGAAUAAUUAGUGACUGGUCUUUGCGUCUGUCAAGUUCGCACCAGGACAAAUCCUAAAGCGCUAUAUGGACAUUUAGGUAUCCUGAGGAAACAAUAAAGAAAGCAGCUAGUCUCGUGUAGACAAUCGAGCUGAAUUUUUUGCACUUUUAAUAUGGUUCUUUCAACGCAAUAAUCUUAACUGCUGUUGACCAUAGACUUGAGUUGAGCUGGGAUAAUAUCACCUAAUAAUUGCGUAAAAAGCGAACAAGCAUGUAUCGUGUCAAACUCGUUAUUUCAGCAUGAAAACAAUACAAAAGAUUAUUCCGAUGUUGCGUUAUAUCCAUCUAACGCUAGAACAAGCAAAACCGAUGAACGAUAGGAGCAACUACUUAAGAUUUCGAAGCGAAAUCUCAAAACCUGUAACGAUGAGAAGUUUGUGGAUUUUACCAUUCAAACUGGCUUUAGCAACUAACUUCUUCAGUGUCUUAUUUAACAUCAUCAACGAUUGUGAUGAAACAUACAAUUACUGGGAACCAUUGCAUUUUAUUUCAACUUGGGGGGAAGGUGGCGGCUUUCAAACUUGGGAAUACUCACCUUCCUUUGCUCUGAGAUCCUAUUUAUAUCUCUGGGUUUUUGGUUGGCCAGCUUCUGUUUCUUUCUUUCUGGGUCUUCCAAACUGGUUUGGUUUUCUCCUGGUUAGGUUUUUUUUAGGUUUCAUCUCAGGUAUAUCUUCUAGUGUACUGUCUUCAGUGGUAGCACGUUUUGUUUCUGAAGAGCAUCACAGACAAUCUAAGGAGUUUGAAUCAAAUAAAAAGCAGAUUCUUUUCUCUUUCCUUUUAUCGUUUUGCGCUUGCAUGUCACCAGGUAAUUUCCUUUCAUCAACUACUCUUCUGCCUAGUGGGCCAUGUAGUUCUCUAACGGCCCUUAUGUUGAUAUUUUGGCUAAGACGUCGUUAUUUUUUGGCUGUUGGGUGCGUUGCUUUCAGUGGACUUGUCGUCUGGCCUUUCGCCGCUGUUCUUGGACUCCCUUUAGCCACUUAUAUGGUUAUCACUGGAAAGUUUCGUUGUUUAGUCAAGUCAGCUCUUGUGUGGCUGCUUCUGAUUACUUUCCCUCUUGUUGCCGUUGAUUCGUUUUAUUUUGGUCGCUUUGUUCUAGCACCCAUCAAUAUCCUUAGGUAUAAUUUAUUCCCCUAUGAUAAACAGCAAACUGGAAGCGCUUCACAACUAUAUGGAGUAGAACCUAUCUCAUUUUACUUGAAAAAUUACAUUCUAAAUCAGAACAUUAUGUGUAUUCUUGCCUUGUUGUCGUUAAUACAUGCCGUAAUCAAACUUGUUUUACUUCCGUUUCGUAUUAAAAAGUCUGUGGAGAAAACAUUUUAAUGAGACCGAGACCUCAUUGUCUAAAAUUUGUAUCAUAGUAUGUACAUGUUUGGCGAUUUGGAAUAGCAUAUUUUUCUUACAGGCCCAUAAAGAAGAAAGAUUUUUAUUUCCAUGUUAUCCUCUUAUUGCAAUUGCUUCAACAAUUGUUAUUUCAGAAAUUAUUGAAGCUUUAACUUCUAAAACUAAACUCGCAGGCAUAAAGUCUUCAGUCACUUGUUUUAUAAUCAUUACUUUUUGUUCAGUUGUCUUCCUAACGAGUGUUUCUCGUAUUUUCACGCUUGUGCGUUGGCAUAGUUCUCCGAUGUAUUUAGUUAAACAUCUUCCCGCUCCGUUAGGACAAUCUCACAAACCCUUAUUAUGCAUGGGUCGCGACUGGCACUUCUUUCCUAGCAGGUUUUUUUUACCAGGAGGUGGUGAAAAAUGGGAAGUCGGAUUUGUGCAGUCUAAUUUUUCUGGCCAGUUGCCGGGACAAUUUGCUAAGCCUGUAUCAAGUGGUAUGGUAUCCAGUUCUACUCGAAAAGAUGGGAAUCAUUUCAACUCGGGUAACGUAGAAGAAAUCGAUCGCUAUGUCAUAAAUGCGUCUGAUAAAUGCAGUUUUAUGUUAGAUCGUGAUUCCCCCACUGCUUUUCGUGAGACUUUGUAUGUGUCAGAGCAAGAAACUUGGUUGUCUUUUGCUAACCGAACACUACUUGAGUCCACUAGUUGUAGUUUUAAUGAGACGUUUCUUAGCUUAGACGUUAUUUAUUGUCGACUUUUAAGAACCUUUUAUAUUCCUGUUCUUUCACAAAAAAUGGACUUAACGACCGCUCUACAUAUUCUUGUUCGCCGUAAUCAUGGAUUGUUUGCAUAAUGUCGUAUCUAACCUCUAACCCUUCAAUCCAAGUUUAGUGGAUUAAAUUUUUCUUAUGUAUCUAUGUAUGUUUAUUUACCGUCUGUUUUUUGCAUUCCUUUUGCAUACGACUGUCUGUCAAAAGAGUUAAAUGGUUUGUCUCCUGUUUUUGUAGUCCAAAUAAUUUUCAAAUAAAUCAUAUGUAAGCUGU